AUGGAUCGCGACGGCGGCAACUUCAGCCCCAAGCGGCGGAAGCUGGACUUCAACCCCCUGAGGUCUGACGACCGGUACUCGACCCUGCCGAACCGCCCGUCGCGCUUCGCCGCCAGCAAGACUGCCUCUCGCGCGUCCACGCCCCGCCAGCGCGAGUUCGACACCCCGGAGCCCCUGGUGGACGACGGCGACCAGGCCGCCCUGGACAGAGACUGGUACCUCGGCGAUGAGAACGGCCACACCUUUGGCGACGAGUCGCACGACCCCUUUGCCGCCUACGACACCACCUGGGUCGAGCAGCGCCAGCGCGAGCAGGCCAUGGUCGAGAAGAAGGCCGGCCAGAAACACCUGAACGUCCGCCAGCUGCAGAGGCAGAAGGACAACGAUGCCUGGGAGACGAACCGCAUGCUGACGUCCGGCGUCGCCCAACGCCGCUUCGGCGACGAUUUCGACGACGACGACGAGGGCACGCGCGUGCAUUUGCUGGUUCACGACCUCAAGCCGCCCUUCCUGGACGGGAGGACCGUCUUCACCAAACAGCUGGAGCCCGUGCCCGCCGUCAGGGAUUACCAGAGCGACAUGGCCGUCUUCAGUCGCAAGGGCAGCCGCGUCGUCAAGGAGAGGAGGCAGCAGCGAGAGAGGCAGCGCCAGGCACAGGAGGCCACAAAGGUGGCUGGCACCAACCUGGGAAAUCUCAUGGGGGUCAAGGAGGACGACGGCGACAGUGCGCUGCCCAUCGCGGCCGAGGAAGAGGCCACGAAGACCGGCGGCAACAAGUUCAGCGAGCACAUGAAGAAGAGCGAGGGCGCCUCCGACUUCAGCAAGAGCAAGACGCUCAGGGAGCAGCGGGAGUACCUACCUGCUUUUGCCGUCAGGGAAGACCUUAUGCGCGUCAUCCGGGACAACCAGGUCACCAUCGUCGUCGGUGAGACAGGCUCCGGCAAGACCACCCAGCUCACCCAGUUUUUGUAUGAAGAUGGCUACGGCACCCGGGGCAUGAUUGCUUGCACGCAACCCAGGAGAGUGGCAGCCAUGAGUGUCGCCAAGCGUGUGGCCGAGGAGAUGGAGGUGAAACUGGGCAGCACCGUGGGCUACGCCAUCCGAUUCGAGGAUUGCACGAGCGACGACACCGUCAUCAAGUAUAUGACGGACGGUAUCCUCCUGCGAGAGUCGCUGAACGAACAAGACCUCGACCGCUACUCCUGUGUCAUCAUGGACGAGGCACACGAGAGAGCGCUCAACACCGACGUGUUGAUGGGUCUCUUCAAAAAGAUCUUGCAACGCCGGACCGACCUCAAGCUGAUCGUCACGUCGGCCACCAUGAACUCCAAGAGGUUCUCCGAAUUCUUCGGCGGCGCACCCGAGUUCUUCAUUCCAGGCCGUACCUUUCCGGUUGACGUCAUGUUCCAUGGGUCUUCAGUUGAUGACUACGUCGAUGCAGCUGUGCAGCAGGCCCUGAGAAUACACGUCUCAAUGGGUGCCGGGGAUAUCUUGGUCUUCAUGACCGGUCAGGAGGACAUUGAAUGCACGUGUGAGCUGCUGAGGGAGAGACUAGACGCGCUGAAUGACCCGCCGAAGCUCAGCAUCCUCCCUAUUUACAGUCAGAUGCCAGCGGAUCUCCAAGCCAAGAUUUUCGAUCGAGCAGCACCGGGGGUUCGGAAGUGCAUUGUCGCAACCAACAUUGCAGAGACCAGUUUGACAGUCGAUGGUAUCAUGUAUGUGGUGGACGCAGGGUAUUCAAAGCUCAAGGUGUACAACCCGAGAAUGGGCAUGGACACCCUGCAAAUUACCCCUAUCUCUCAAGCCAACGCCGGCCAGCGCGCUGGUCGAGCUGGAAGAACCGGGCCCGGAAAAGCCUUCAGACUAUACACCGAGAAAGCCUACAAGGACGAGCUCUAUAUCGCCACAAUUCCCGAGAUUCAGCGUACGAACCUCAGCAACACCGUCUUGUUGAUCAAGUCUCUCGGAGUCCGUGAUCUACUGGACUUCAAUUUCAUGGACCCCCCUCCACAGGAAGUUAUUACUACAUCCUUGUUCGACCUUUGGGCGCUGGGUGCCCUUGACAAUAUUGGCGAGUUGACAGGCUUGGGGUCCAAGAUGAAUGCUUUCCCCAUGGAUCCGCCCUUGGCCAAGUUGCUCAUCAUGUCGGAAGAAUACGGUUGCAGUGAGGAAAUGGUCACCAUCGUCUCUAUGCUGUCCGUCCCCAACGUCUUCUACCGCCCGAAGGAGCGGCAAGAGGAGUCUGACGCAGCACGGGAGAAGUUCUUUGUGCCCGAGUCCGACCAUUUGACCUACCUGCACGUAUAUUCUCAAUGGAAGUCCAAUGGCUACUCCGACGGUUGGUGCACACGCCACUUCCUGCACCCCAAGUCGCUCCGGAGGGCCAAGGAGAUCCGCGACCAGCUGCUCGACAUCAUGAACAUGCAGAAGAUGCAGAUGAUUAGCUGUGGCACGGACUGGGACGUCAUUCGCAAGUGUAUCUGCUCCGGGUACUAUCACCAGGCCGCCAAGGUCAAAGGCAUUGGCGAGUACGUCAACCUCCGGACCUCGGUGACGGUGCAGCUGCACCCAACCAGUGCCCUCUACGGCCUCGGCUUCUUGCCCGACUACGUCGUUUACCACGAGCUCAUCCUUACCAGCAAGGAGUACAUGUCUACGGUGACAUCGGUCGACCCGCACUGGCUGGCCGAGCUGGGCGGCGUCUUCUACUCUGUCAAGGAGAAGGGCUACUCGGCCCGUGAGAAGCGCAUCACUGAGACCGAGUUUAAUCGCAAGAUGGAGAUCGAGGCUCAGAUGGCCGUCGAUAAGCAGAAAGAGCAGGACAGGCUGCAGGCCGAGGCGCUGGGUCCUGCCAAGACGACUGCUGUUGCCGCCAAGGGGCCCAAGAAGGUCGUCACCUCGGGCGCUGUCAAGAAGCCCGUUGUCAAGAGGAAGGCCAGGGGAUUUUAA